AUGCGUAUCCCUGACCCAGCCACCGCCUUCGCGGAGCAUUUCUUUGCCUUUCAGGAUGUCAUGGGUCGAACGGCGUGUGCUAAGGAAGUCGCCUUUGGCAGCGACUACUGGAAAGCGGAUGAUCGGCACAUUGACAUGUGGAUGGGAUGUAGUCCGGAGUUGGUCUCCCUCCUCUGUGCUAUUACCGACAUGAGUCGAGCUCGACGCACUCUGGACUCCGAUUCCUCCCGCGAGAGCUUUGUGCACCGGGCGGCAUCGCUAGAAGGACAGCUCGAGCAUCUCAUUCAGGAGAUUGAGGAGGGCGAUGAUGAUGUUCUUGCAUCCGGAGCUGAAGCCAAACGUCUCGCCGCGGUGCUUUACUUGCACUGCGCGUUGUAUAGCGCAUGUCCCACUAGCCCGCUGGUCGCCCACUAUGUUCGGCAGAUUCUUCAGAUCGUGUCUCAUCUGUUAGACCGGGGAUCCCUGACGAGCAUCACUUGGCCUGUCUUUGUCGCUGCGGUCGAAUUGGAUCCGGCCCAGGAUGAGAUUUGGACGGACGAUAGCGGGAAGCCAGUGUCUGGCCGAGCAAUAGUCCUUCAGGCGCUGGCUGCUAUGGCCGAGUCUACGAUUGCAAAUAUUGCGCGCACUCGCGCGGUGAUUGUCCAAUUGUGGCAGACGCGAGACCAAGAUUUGGUCAAGGCACCGCAGAUUGAGGGGAAUGACUGGGAGUGGUAUGUGGUGCCGAUUAGCGAUGCCAUGAGUUUGGCUUGA